AUGUAUGGACUUUCAUCCUGCUUUGAGGAAGCAGUUUCUAAGAAGGAAUUCCAGGGUUUUUCUAUUGGUAACAUUUUUUUCACCCACCUUUUGUAUGCUGACGACUUAUUUGUUUUUGGUAAAGCUACUAUGGAUAAUGCUAAUACUCUUAACAAUAUUCUGUUGCUCUUUGCUGAGAAAUCUCAAGGCCCCAUAAAAUAUCUUGGUCUUCAUAUUCAUACCAAAAAGAUUCAUGUGGUUGAUUUUCAGCCCCUCAUUACAAAAAUUUUUGGGGCUCUUGAUGGCUGGAAAGCCAAGUCUUUGUCUUUGGCGGCCUUUAAAUCUGGUUUAAAAACUACUAUGGCACUUGCUCAGAGGGGAUUAAUGGUGGACAUGACUUGA